AUGGGCAAAAUCGUCUUCUACGAGGAGAAGAACUUCCAGGGUCGCUCCCAUGAGACCAGCAGCGACUGCGCCGAGCUGACUUCUCACCUGAGCCGCUGCAACUCGUGCAGGGUGGAGAGCGGCUGCUUCAUGGUCUACGAGCGCCCCAACUACAUGGGCCACCAGACGCUGGCGAAGAAGGGCGAGUACCCGGACAACCAGCGCCUGAUGGGGAUGACCAUGAGCGACUGCAUCCGUUCCAGCCGCAUGAUCCCCACGCACAGAGGUCCGUUCAAGAUGAGGAUCUAUGAGCGGGAGAACUUCAGAGGUCAGAUGAACGAGGUGAUGGAGGACUGCGACUCCGUCCAGGAGCGCCUCCGCAUGUCCGACUGCCAGUCCGUCAACGUGAUGGACGGCCACUGGCUGAUGUACGAGCAGCCGCAGUACCGAGGCCGGAUGCUGUACCUGAGGCCCGGGGAGUACAGGAGCAUGAGGGACAUGGGAACGGGUCCAAUGGACAUGAAGAUCGGAUCCAUCCGGCGCAUCAUGGACUCCUGUUGA